AAAACAGGUAAAUAUUCCCCAACUCCCACAUCCGUUGUUCCCCCCUGUUGAUGCCAUGUAAAUCCUCGCGCCGGAUGUUUGUGCUAAAUGUGGGGAUUUUGUGAGGGAAGCUCAUCCGGAUGGGGGUUUGUGUGGUGGAUUUUGUGCCCAAAGGAGGUUCCCUGAAUGUUUUGAUAAGGAAUUUGUGGAAAACAUCCAUUCAUGUGGGCUCCAAUGUGGUGAUAAGACGUGGCGAGGUGCUAAAGACGAGGAAGGUUUCCAAGGAGAUGCACGAAUUUCCCGGAAACUCUGUGGAUUAUCACGUGGCAGUGCUUUCUUGCGCAUCCUCCGGAUUCAUCCACACACUCUGUCUUGAAAUCUUCCUGUCGUGGGCGUACCAGCCCAGCAGUUGUUUUGUGUUACAAUCUUGGGCAAAGGGACGAGUUGCAGGCAACCGCAGACGCCCACAAAUUCACAAACUCUCACCGUCCCAGGGGGUGUCGUGAAGCAAAACGAGCCCACAGAUCGCCAGCAGGAAGCUCAGGGGAUCACUGGAUCAGCUGUAACGGAGCUCCAGCAGCGGGGAUCAACGGCAAAGCACCUUUUGUGUGUUUAACUAACCACCAACUACGGGGGGUUAACUGUGGAGGGUGAAGAAAUGGUGAAGGAGAAGCCGAAUUCUGUGCGAAUUUACGACAAGGAUGGCUUCCGGCUGCGUGCUGCCUGCAUCUGUGUUCGAUCAGAAGCUGAAACUGAGGUUCUCCUGGUGACCUCAUCGCGACGCCCGGAAUUGUGGAUAGUUCCGGGAGGGGGCGUUGAGCCAGAUGAGGAGAGUUCUGCAACGGCAGAACGUGAAGUUCUGGAGGAAGCAGGAGUUGUUGGUCAGCUUGGUCGCUGUCUUGGCGUCUUUGAGAAUCGGGAACACAUGCACCGGACAGAGGUGUUCGUUCUCACGGUGACAAAGGAGCUGGACGAAUGGGAGGACAGCCGGUCGAUUGGUAGGAAAAGACAGUGGUUCUCUGUGGAUGAGGCACUCACGCAGCUGGCCCUCCACAAGCCCAUCCAGAGACACUAUCUGCAAAAGUUGAAACACUCAAAAUCCCAUCCGGACAACACUGAGGCCGACUCCACGACUACAGCUUCCUCAGCUGACGAGACAUGAAGACACGACAUCCCCUCCCUUCCUUGUCUCUCAAACACCAUCCUCCUCCACCUCAACAACAUAUACUUCUUCUCAGACAAAACAGACACACAAAACACUAAAUGAAAUUAAAAGAAAAAUAAAUAGAUUUUAAUAGAAAUUAAUAAAAGAAAGAAGAUGGAUAAAGCGUAGUAAUUUAAAAAAUAUAUAUAUAAAUAGGAACUAAAUCUACAUUUUAUCUAUUCUUUUGCAAUUUACAAACAAAAAAAUAUUAAAAUUUACUCGGCAGCAAUUUCAAGCGAAAAAAGGAAGAUUUUCAAAAAAAAAAAAAAUUAACUAAAUCGACCAAAUCGAUUUAGUUCAAUUCUAAAAACCAAAAUUUCAUAAAAAAAAAGAAUUUCUUUUUCUUCCCCCCAAAAAUUAACAAGCGGAAUUGUAAUUUGUAUAGAUAAAAAAACAAAGAAAUCAAACUCGAUAGAGCUGUAAAAAAAUUUUAAAAUAAAAAUUUAAAAAGAUUUUUUGGAGGAAUUUUUUGAUGAAGAGAUUUCGUAGGAAAACAAAACAUUUUCAAUUUAGUGGUUUUAUUAAUUUCAUUUUAUAGAUAAACUUUGUUUUAUUAUUUUAGGAAAUGAUAUAUAAAAAAUGUAUCAAAGAUACUCUAUAUUGCUAAAUAUAUAAAAAAUGAAGAAAAUAUUAGAAAUGCAAGUAAAGGAAAAUUAAACAAAGAAAAUGCUCCCCUAAAAUUUUUAAUUUGAAUGCAGAAAAAGAAGAAUUGCAGAAUGCAGAAACUAAAGAAAAAAAGAACAAGAAGGUACUUAAAAAAAAAGUUCCAUUCUCGAAUCCUUUACUUUAAAAACGAUGAGAAAUAAAAUUAAAAAAAAAUGAAUAUAGGAAUGAAAUUAUGCAAGGAAAUUAUAAAAAAAAUUAUAUCAAUGGGUAAACACUUUUUAUAUUUUAAGAGAAAAAAACAUAAAAAUGGUGAAAAUAUACUUUAAAAAAUAUUGAUAUUUUGAAUAAAAAUGAUCAUAAAUUGAAAAAAAAA